AUGAUUGUCCUUUUACAACGCAGUGCGUUGUCGUGGUUCUUGUGUCGAAGGCCAUUUUGGUUUGAAAUUCUGAAGUUUUAUACGAAAACCCUGCGAUUGAAGAAAGGAUGCGUGUUGGAGACGGACUACGCGAAUUUCCUUGCGCCCGGACUGGACGGGAGCUACCGGAAGAACGGGUACUUGAUGGGCGAGCCGACAGAGAGCGGCCUAGGUUCCGUGGUGUCGCCGUGCGCCGCCCUGGAAGACCUGGCUGGGAUCCCGUCGCCGGCGGCCAGCGAGGAAGACCGUCGGCCGCCGGAAACGAGCAGUCGAUGCGUGCCCCUGAGCAAACUGUUUCAGAGGCGGCGGAUCGUGCGAGUGCCGCCGCAUCGGCGACCCGACGACGCGCCGCGGUCCCUGGCAGAGUUUGAGAACCCCGUUUUGGCGGCGUCCAAGAUCCACGCUGCCAUUCAUCCGGUUCUUUCUUCCAUGAAAGACGUUCCGUUGAGCGCGCACCUGGACUCGCUCCUUCUUGAGUUGUCGAGGACGGAGACAAGCGCAGAGCAGUCGCAGCGGAACCGGUUGAGCGGCGGCGACGGUGGCACGGAAGAAGAAGACGAGUCGGAGCGGUGUCCGUCGCGCGGGAGCAGCCGGGCUACGGGUUCGGGUGUUGCUGGGGGUUCGUCCCGAUCCAAACCCGGGUUGGGUUCUCCGAAGGCAUCGAGCAGUGGACGGUACAAGGACCGAUACCGGGACAAGGCUCGACGGAAGGCCAAGUGGGAUCGUCGGGACGGGAGGAAGUCGUCGUCGCGGGUCGACAGCACUGCUUCGUCGCCGGCUCGGAAUGGA